UUCAUCCUGAGGGAGCAGCGGACACGCAGUCACACUGAGCGGUCACCGUGUCGUGGAAGGACGGCAUGAUGCGGCCCUUCUUACCACUGCUGCUGCUCGGGCUGCUGCGACCAGGCACCGCCGACACCUCAUUCACACAGCAUUGUAAACCCACAGAUGGCACCAUCUAUGAAUACCAGGCGAAGACUCUGAACGGGAGUCGCACUGUCAACUUCAGUGACUUCAAGGGCAAGAGUGUCCUCUUCAUCAACGUGGCCACAUACUGAGGAUACACCUUCCAGUAUGUGGAACUGAAUGCACUACACGAGGAGAUGAAAUCUUUUGGAUUCACUAUUCUCGGCUUUCCCUGCGACCAAUUUGGGAAACAAGAACCAGGAAAUAACCAGGAAAUUCUGCCAGCUUUAAAGCAUGUUAGACCGGGCAAUGGCUUUGUUCCAAACUUCCUGCUGUUUGAGAAAGGUGAUGUGAACGGAAAGGAAGAGCAAGGGGUUUUCACUUUCCUUAAGAACUCCUGCCCCCCUGUUGGAGACCUCUUGGGCGACCCUGCAAGGAUGUUUUGGGAGCCAGUGAAGCUCAGCGACAUCAAGUGGAACUUUGAAAAGUUUCUGGUGGGACCAGACGGGAAGCCGGUGAAGAGGUGGCACCCAAGUGUCAACAUCUCUGAGAUCCACGCUGACAUUCGCAGAUAUCUGCUCCAGCUAUACACACAGCAGAUUUUGAAUUAGAUGUGAUUCAUCACGUUGUAUUGUCCAUCCAAGAAGUACUUGUAAUUAGAAGCAAAGAACAGGUAGAGCUAAUGUAGAAUGUAACAGAGUAAUGUUAACAGCUUCUGACACAUGAAGAUGGCAUGCUGAAUGAAGAGGAGGCUUGAAAACAGGAACUCUGUGGUGCCUCUUCGGAGUCUGGGCUUCAGGCCAGCUUUUCAGUGCAUUCAGGCUGCCCUGCAAUCCCACAGCAUCAUGUCAUCUUCUCAUCCCAGGAGCUGUUAGCCAUUACAACCUUAAUGUUAAUUACUUCUAAUAAAUCAUGGAGAAAGACACGCUGAUGUGUAGGCAUUUGUUUAUGAGAAAUAACUGAUAUUAUAUGGGUGUCAUUUUAUGGAAAGGUCAACAUGAUGUAGCAAAAUUUGCAGCCCUGUUUUUUCUAUCUUGCAAUAAAAAUAUGAACAUGAAAAAGCAGGGUAAGAUGCUAAUAGACAUUUAGAAUAGAUUUAUUAAGCCAGUCAAAUACAAAAAGUCUCACAUGUGCUUUUGCCUACAGCAAAAAAAAAAAGGAAUAAGGGCUACAAACCAAGAAAAUACAACUGCCAGUAAUUACAGCAUACCUUUCAAA